ACAAGCAACUGGUUCACAAAAUAUUCUCACAUAAACAUCACGUUGUGCUUCAUGUUAUUUUGAAAAUAAUUAAAUACAUUAAUUUUUUUUUAUUAAAAAAACAGUCAGCUAUUGUUGAUAUGUUACAUGAAUAUUCAUCAAAGUGAUUGUGUCUCUCUGAGUAAUUUAAUUACUCUUUUUUUUUAAAUCAUUUUUUUUGUUUUUAAAUUUAGUGAAUUGUAAAAAAUUAAUUCAAGCGAUAAAGCUCGAAAAUUUUGCUUUUAUUAAUGCUGUUUUGUUUUUAUAGUGAUAAUUUAUAUUUUAAAAAAUAAAAAAAGCUCGAAAGAUUGUGAGUGAGUGUAAUGGUGAGAAACGUUAUCGGACAACGUGAUAUGUGAGUGUGUGCUUGUGCUAUCAUCAGGAGGUAGCAAACUGAAAAAAAAAAUAAUAAUAUAUAAUAAAUAAAAAAGAGACGAGUUUUACUAUCACAAACGGAACUUUUCAACAAGUUUUUUUUUUUGUUUUUAUCUACUUUUUCAUCUCAAUUGUCAAGGCAGGUUUUUUUCCAUAUAGGAUUAUUAUGGUUUAAUAGCAGUGGGUUCAUAUAUAUAUAUACAAAAAAUAAUAAUAAUAAAUUUUUUUAAAUACUAUUAUAAAAUUUUAUGUUUUUGUUACAAUUAUACCGUAAAAUUUAUUGUUUUUUAUUGCACUUUUAAAUUCAUGCAUAAUUUAUAUCGCAAAAAAUUUUGUUUUACAUUUAUAGAUAAUUUUUUUUUAUUUAUUUUUAAAAUAGAAAUAAUACUUUUUUUUUUUUUUGGCAGUAAAGAUUAAUGUCACAACAAGUUUUAUCGUUAUAAAUUUAUGUACCGUCACGAGAGCUUUUCAUUGCGUUUCAACAGUUCUUAACAGAAGCCCACAGUGUUUACUAUUAUGCCUAUAUAACUAUACAAUAUUUUGUAUAUUUUUUGCUAAACACAACAUUGUCCUCGUUUUGUCUCGUUUUUUUUCCAUUUGAAAUAGUUAAAUUUGAUUAAAUUUUUAUGCUCGGUAAUAGAUGAUAAAAAGUAGAAAUAAAUUUUAAAUCUUUCUAAGGAAAAUGUCUACUUAGUAAAACUAUAUAUAAAAAAUUCAAUGGACACAUGUAAAAAAUUUAAUACACCAUUUAUAAUACUAUUGUGUUAAAUGGAAUCUAGUAAAUUUUUUAUUGUCUCUGAUUCGGCUGCAUACUAAAUUAAAUACAUGAUUGAAAGAAAAUAUUAUUCAUUGAAAAUAUUCAAUUUUUAUUCAUAAAAAAAAAAAUUUAUAAAAAGUAAUUGGAAAGUAAAAAAAAAUCCAGAUGAUAAAAAUAUAAUAUAAAAAAAACAUAAAAGUACUUUUACAUUGACCCUUUGAUAUAUAACACUCGAGCAGAAAAUUGAUUUCCGACUUUUAAUUUGAUCAAAAAUGAUAAAUUUAUAGAGAACACCUUUUAAUUUUAUCUGUCAUUAUCCUUUUUUUUUCUAUCAACCUAAUAUGAUAAAAAUUUAUAGUUUGUUUAUUGUCAUUAUAAUGACAUUAUAUCGCAUUAAAAUUUUACUAUAAAAAAAUUAUCAUUGUUAUUUACUUUACUGUAGUAAAUUAUUAAUAAUAAAAAUAAUUGAUAAUGACUUUUUAGAGUUAAAGUGAGAGUGAUUAUAAAAAUAAAAAUUAAUGACAAUUAUUAUAAACUAAUUUGAGAUUAAAUAUUAUCAAAUAAUAUAGCCAUCAGCAACGUUCAUAUAUUGACAAAAUCAACAAGCAAAAAACUGCCAUAAAAAAAAAUCCGUCAUGAGUUGAGUCGUGGCUAUGAUGUUGAAAAUUACAUCGGCCAUAUUGGCCGUAUUAUUAUUUCAUUUCCAUCGUAUUACAUUAGCUGCAGUUGCAACUGGAUCAAAACCAUUUCCUGGCUUGGAAAAUUUACCAAAAUCAUUUUGGAAUGAACUUAGUUCACCUUUUACUGAGGUUUAUGAAGAAGAAAAUCCUGUGACGGAAAAUGGCUCAACUCCAGAGCCACGGCCGUUCUUUGAAGAUCGUGAUAUCAAUGUCACAGUUCAGCUCGGAGCACAAAUUCAUCUUCACUGUCGAGUCGAGAACAUGCAAAAACGCACGGUAUCAUGGGUGCGAAGACGUGGUGAAGAAAUGCAUUUGCUUACAUUUGGUGUUCAUACUUAUUCAAGUGAUUCACGUUUUUCUCUGGAUUAUCAAAUGCCAAAUGAUUGGCGACUUUUAUUGCGUUCAGCUACUGAAAGAGAUGCUGGUGUUUAUGAAUGUCAAGUUAGUGUUCAUCCACCAUUAACAAGAACAGUCUAUCUCAGUGUAUCUGUACCUCGUGUAGAAAUUGUUGAUGAGCAUGGUGCAACUGCUGGUGAUAAAUUUUACAAAGCUGGAAGUACAAUUGAACUAAAAUGCGUUGUAAGCAAAGUGCCUCAUCCCUCUGGUUAUGUUACUUGGCGUCAUGGAUCCAGAAUGCUUAAUUAUGACACAAUUCGAGGAGGUAUCAGCGUCAAGACAGACAUGGGCGCCGAGGGGGCGGUAUCAAGAUUAUAUAUUGCAAAUGCCAACAAAAAAGAUAGCGGAAACUACAGCUGCGCUUUGGCGGAUGUUGCAGCAACCACUGUUUCCGUCCACGUACUCAAUGGUGAAAAUCCAGCAGCAAUGCAGCAUGGAAAAUCUUCAAGUAGUAAAGGAGCUUUUAUUCUUGUUGUAUUAUUAAGUUUAUUAAAUCUCUCGAGGUGACCUCAAGGCGAUUUAUAGGCAUGAUUUUUAUUACUUUAUUAAUAACAGGCAAUUUUUUUUUCAUGCCUGGAUAUGCUCAAAAUCAUUAAAAAAAAUUUUGUCAUAUUAUUUAUAUGACAAUUGAUUAUAAUUGACACAGCAGAGGAAAAAAGAAAAAAAGCUUUUUAUCUAUUCUUUAAUUUAUUUUGAUAGAAUCAUUAUUUUUAUUUUUUUUAAUUUAAAUUUCGUAUGAAAGAGAUAUUAAUAUAAUAUCAAUAAAAAUAUAAUAUGUAUAUUAAUAAAAUAAAUAAUUAAGUGUAAAAGUUGAAAAAAAAAAAAAUAAGUAAAUUGAUACAAACAUCGAAUAUCUUUGUAAAUAAAUUUUGUUUAUAUACAAAA